GUUUUACGCAUGCGUAGACUGAUAGUGUGUUCCGGUGCGGAAAGACAAGAAGUGACAGGAGAAUAAGAAGGACCACAUUAAAAGGAUUCGUCUGGUUUUCUACAGUAAAAUAAGCAAUUUUAUCUACAAUAAAAGUUGCUUAACUGCUGCGAGUUCAAUGUCCUAACACGCUGCCAGUGCGAGCAGGUGUCCCACAAAGCCAUGGCGUUGUCUCAGAGGGACAGACUGUCUGAGCUGGUGGAGGAAAUUACCACCUCUGGUCAGACGGAUGUCAACAAGGACAAGAUGAAGGAAGUCAAGAAAAUAUGCAAGGAGUCAAAUGACUGCAUUGAUCACGUGUACCAUACAAUCAUUUCCCAACUCAACCAAGACCACGCUGAGAUCCGCCUGUCAGCUUUUCAGUUGGCCAGUGAGCUCUUCACCAGGUCCCAUCACUUCAGAACUCUUCUAGUGGAUAACUUCCAGGAGUUGUUGGAGUUGACAGUGGAAACCAACUUUGAGCGCCCCCUUCCUGAUCCUCAACCAGUAGCCAGAAAACUAAGGUCCCUUGCUGUGCAGACCAUCCAAUCCUGGCAAUCCUCUUAUGGCUCAGCAUAUAAGAAGUUGGAACUGGGCUACCACUUUCUCAAACAAUUUAAAAAGGUUGACUUUCAGGAUGCUGAGGCCAGGACAGUGGCAGAGCGGCAAAGAGAGCGAGAGAGACAAAGGAAAAUGGAAAAGAUAUAUAACCAACGACUGAAAGCAGCCACUGAAGAAUUGCAAGAGUCCUCCCCAGAGAUUGAAGUAACAUUGACGGAGUUGGACUCCUGCCUUAGGCCUUUUCCUCAGUUUGACUUUGCAGACAGCCAUGCAAGUAACAACAGUGACAGCUGCUUGCUCUCGCAAACAACCACAGCAUGUUUGUCAGACGACGAGCAGCCCUGUUGCAGCACGAAUAGCAAAGACAAAAAGGUCAAGAAGAAGAAGAAGAAGAAGAAGAAGGAAGGUGAAAAUGAAGAAGUCAACUGCAGUGACAAGAUGGAAGAGACUGAAGAAGGACAAAGUUAUCCUAUGAUAGCUCAUGAGGAAGACGGUAGAUGUGAAGCAGAAGAAGAACCUCUUCACGGAGACGUCUUUAUUCAAAACUCUGGUCUAAUCUCCCGCUCGUAUUGUCUGGACUUAAACAUUAGUCCUGGUCUUCAUGUAGCAGAGAAUGAGGAUAAUGAAGCAGUACUUUCAACACUGUUGGAUUUGCAAAGACUCCUAACAAGCAAACAUCUGCCUGCUGUGCGUCGUUGGGUUCAGGUAUUCAUCAAAUGUGGUGCAGAGCAGCAGGUGUUGAAAAGAGCGCUGGAUUUAAAGAGUUCCCUGGAGGCUGCCCAGAACAAACUGAACAAGUUGGACAUUGACUGUAAGGACAGAGUCAGAAAAGUGGGUUCAUCAGAUGGAGUGGAGGAGGAGGAGGAUGAGGAUGAUGAUGAUGAUUUCAGCGAGGUACCAGAAAAAGAAGGAUACGAGCCACACAUCCCCGAGCAUCUACAGGAGGAAUAUGGUUUGAUUCCCUCUUCAGCCCCCUCUGCCACUCCAGCAUUGCCUGUGACAAAAAGAACUCCUGUCCAAAAGCCUUUUACUCCACCUUUAGCUUCAUGUUCUCACUCCAGGAGGCUACAAAGACUCAAAGAAGAAGAGAGGGAUCCUACUUGUGCUGCUGCAACAUUACACCUCCUUCAAAAAGACCUUCCUCUGACUGCAGUAUCCAGCAGCUCCUCUCAUCCAAGUUUGACUCAGUCCAACACAGGCCCAACAACUUCAAAGGCUCCAGUGGUUCCUUUUGGAUUAGAUCUGUACUACUGGGGCCAAGAUCAGCCCAACUCCGGGAAGAUCAUCAAAAUGGGCUCUCAGCACCAGUUCUGGGUUCCAUCUAUUGUGGAAGAAGAGGUGGAGAACAAGGAGAUGUUGGCGGAGAGCAAAUGCAGAUACAUCUCCUUCCCCGGCAAAUUCACUCCAGUUAAACAUUACUGCCAUGUGCCAAUAGGCAACGGGAAGCUGUGUAAGAGACAGGACCGGCUGAAGUGUCCAUUCCAUGGGCGCAUCGUUCCUAGGGAUGAAGAGGGCCGGCCCACCUCCCAGGUGGAGCGUCAGAGAGAAGCGAAUGAGAAGAGGAAGAAAGAGGAAACAAAUAACUGGUGUGAUGCAGAGUUAGUUCGUGACAUUGAGAUUCAAACAGGACAAGACCUUGGUUCUGACAGGAUGGACAAAAAUAAGAAAAAGAAGAAGAAGAAGAGUAAAUAUGCAAAUCUCAGCAAUCUGAAGAACAAAGCAAACACAUCUCGUUCUCGCCUGGAGAAUCGAAUAUUCAACAAGAGUUCCAUGCGUCGAGUCGCUGAGACGCUGAGUAAAGCUGACAGCAGGAAACACGACAAGUUUUCCAACCAGUUCAACUACGCUCUCAACUAAACGCUUUCAUACAUUUCAUCACUUUUGUUCUACCACAUAAACACUUGAAGUAUCUCUUCUUCUGUCCUAUAGCUUGAUCAAACAUAUUUCCUCAUAGACCACACAAUCAUCUUCACUCAUUAAAUAUCAAACAUUGAACCCCAGUGGUCUAGCUUUUAUGUUGAUAUUUUAUAUUUCACCUUAGAAAGUGUUGUUUGCCUGGGAUUGUUUGCUUUUUUUAAUACAAGCUCUCAUAACUAUAUUUAUAACUAACUAGAUUUAUUGUAUUUUAUUUGUACUCUUUCGGUCUCAUGACGUGACUAGAUUAAGGAAACUGUUUUCUCAUUAAUGUUGUGUCAUAAAUGUAUGUAUUGUAAUCUGAAGAAAUUAAUUGGCAAUAAAUGUAGAUCAUCCAUGCACUUACCAUACUUAUUAAAAAUGACUGCUGUACAUGAAA